UGUUUUUCUCUAUCAACUACUGGUGACAGCACUAGCGUUUUGAUAUAUUUGAAAAAAAAAAAAAAAAAAAAAUAUAUCUAAGACAAAAAGCGGAAUAUUAGAAAAAUUGUUGUUAAAAAAAUAUUAAACUGAAAAAAAGAAAUAAAAAAUCAAAUUGAUUAUUAAUUAAUUGUUAAAACAACCAACAACACAAUCUACUACUGCUUACAUUAGAAUCCACGUAUAGUGAGACUACUGAGAGCUUGCUCAUCAUUUAAUGGUGGGGGUAUGGGAAUUGCAUGCUAACUGAAGGGAACGCUCUCAGUAGCUCCAGUAUACUACUGGUGCUGCAUAACAACCCGGACAUCGCAGUCAACGUAGCAACGCCUUUAAAAACGUUAGCAAGACGCCACCAUCAGUUCAAGUUAUAAACUUCUAAAUGGAUAAAUUCUUAGCAGUUCCGUCCACUAGUGGCAUGGCUCAGCAGCCACCGAGGUCGCGAUCGAGGUCUCCCAGUCCAAACUGUCCGCACCGCCCAAAAGACAAAUUCAUCACCAUCUUCCAGACGUUCAAAAAUGCAUUCCAGGACGGUAUGCAUUUGCAGAGAGUCGGGGAGAAGACGUUGAAAUACAACAACACAGAAAUAAACGUUGAUUGUAUUUCAACGUCACCCAACGAGUCCCUGGAAUACAUUAAAAAGCAACAGAGAAGAGGAACCUGCGUCAUUUUAUUUGGGCGUAGUGGCGCAGGUAAAACUUCUUCCUUAGUGGGAUAUGAGCAGUUCGGAGGGAUGAUUCAGGAGUAUUACAGAGGUUGCCCAGAAGCUAACUUAGAAUUAAGAGCAAUAGAGAUCAAGAACAAGAUGAGCCGAGAUUUAGUCGCCACGGAGAAUCCCGAGACCAAAGUAGAGAGGCUAGAUUGGGAAAAAAUCGAGGCUGGCCGCAUUGCAGACCUCAAUCAAGUGAUGAAGGCGCGGACGACUAUAAAAACCGGCCUGAACGCUACAGCGUCCAGGACGAUUUUAUACGUCGAAGUGACCAACAUUCAGACUCAGGAUCGCGUCCAUUUCGUUGAUAUGCCGGGCUCGGAAGGGGUAGAUGCUGCAGAUGCUGCCACUUUAACACCUGCGGAACGAAGUCUUGUGAGCUCUACUCGGCGUGGUUUUGUUAAUGACCUCAGUUCAUUCAAAAAUUAUCUCAUUAAUUAUAACAUCCCGCUUUCCGGCACUGUAUUUUUGAAUGAGCUGAGGAGGCGGAUUUACGGUGACGGCACAAACGUUUCCAACUCAAACAUGUUUUUGGUCGUUUGUGCGCAGUCACCGCUUAAUGAAGCUAAUACCAUGGAGGUCGGUAAUCUUUUAAGAGAUAUCCAACUACAACGGGACCCAAAUUUUCACCGGGGUUCCGGCCGAUCUCCAUCUCCGCAUGUCAACGCGCGAGAGCCGAGUAGAGGCUCGUUAUUGAGAACCGUGGACGAUCUUAAGGCUGAGAUCGAGAGACUGCGCCUCGAGAAUGAACGUCUCAGGAGGAGGAGGCGUUCAGUAGAGGCAGAAGACCGAGUCGCGGAUGAAGUUGAGGCGGAAGCUGAAGUGGCGGCAGCUGGAGAGCCACCAGUAGCAGUGGAUGUGGCGGUACCGGUAGAAGCAGAAGAGGUGGAUGAUGAGGAAGUGGAGGACGAUGAGGACGAAGAGGAAGCUGAUGAGGAAGACGAGUAUUCUCUACUCGGUGUACCUAAUCUAUUGAGACCCGAGUUUUUAUAUGACGGUACCUGGUAUGCCGUCGACCAACCUGCAAAGUAUGACAGCAUUGAUUGGAAUAACUCCAUCAUGCAGGUUGGUUCUACGGUGAAUUAUCAGUGCCGUCAUUGUGCAAAAGUCUACAAGAGGUACACGAUCCGGACACAUAUAUGGUUUGAGGAGCAAAAAGGAAAGGUUGUUUGCCCAAAAUGCAAACAACCUUUCUGCACUGUCAGCUAUAUCCAUCAUCGCCAUCUGCCGAAGUGUAAAGGGCAGCAGCGAAAGGCAGGACGCCCAAGAAAAAAAAAAAACUAAUUAACCUGCAACAUAUAUAUUUAUUAUUUUUUUUUCGCAAACCUUCUUGAUAUACCAGGGGUAGUUGGACAACAAGAUCUGUUAAUAAAUUUAUCAGACAGAUUUAAAAUUAAAAAUAUAUAGAUUAAAUAAUUAAAAGAAAAAAUAUUAAUUUCAAAAUUUUUUAAAUGGGCAUUUUUUUUAAAUUUAAUUUUAUUAAUAAUUUUAAAUUCAUCUGAUGUCUGCUACAUUCAUAUUCAUCUUUUAAUUAGCAAUGAAAAAAAUUUUAAUUAAUUUUUUUUACAGAUGAAUUUAAUUGAAGAUUAGCAAAAAUUAAAAUUACAGUUUCGUUAGAAUCAAAACUGAUAAUUAAAUUUAUAGUAAUUAUAGUGUCAUAUAUUUGUGGGAAUAGACCUCUGAUAAAUUUGUUGUAAAAAAAACAUUACGUGUAAUUAAAAAAUACUUGCACAAUAGCCACCCUCAUUUAUUAUUUAUGGUUUAAUCAAUAUAUUUCAUACGAAUUUAUCCUAGUGUUCUUGUGUCUUAAUAUGUUAUUGUAUAUAUUUACUGUAUCAUGAUUGUAUCAUCACUGUAUGAUUGUAUCAUUACUGUAUGAUGAUUAUUAUUCAAUUCAUUAUUUGACUAGACUUAAUCAUUUUUUAUAUUCUUAACUAUUAAGUUUAUUUUUAGAUAUCAAAACUUUGUAAUGUAUGAGGAAAAAAAAAAGAAAGUAAAGCAAAGUGAGAUGGAAAUCCAGUGCUAACAAUUUAAUAAUUAAUUUUGAUUAUAAACUUAUAAAAUAUGUAAUUAAUUAUAAUAAUAAUAAUGAUAAUAAUUAUUAUUGUUAGUAUGUGUGGAGUGUAGCAUUCAUGAGUCAUUUUAUGAAUAUUAAAUAAAUAAAAAAUUCAAGAGACUGAUCGAGCCGACGUCUAAUAAUUUUUGAGUUUUUUUUUUAAACCGUAAAUUAUUUUUAACAAAUUGUAUUGAUUGUUUUUUUAAUUUCCUACAUGUGUAUAUUUUUAGUUUUUUUUUUUAUUGAGGUAUUAAAAAAGAAUUCGUUUGCUACAUUCACACUCAUAUAAUUGAUAAAUUAAAAAACAAAUAAAAUAAACGUCUUCU